AUGUCUUCUCUUGGUUUACCUAAAGAUUAUGGCUACUGUGUUUUGAUAGCUGCCGACAGUGUCUUGGUGCUCAUUUACUUGGGUAUCCGAGUAGGUCGUGCUCGUAAGCAAUUUGGUGUAGAGUAUCCCAAGAUGUACGACGACGAUAAGCCAAUAUUUAACUGCUUUCAACGCGCACAUCAAAACACAUUGGAACACUAUCCUCAAUUUCUUUCCAUGAUGCUUCUUGGUGGAUUGCAACAUCCCCGAUUAAGUGCUGCCUUUGGAGCUGUUUGGGUCCUUAGCCGAUUGUUUUAUGCUCACGGUUACUACACCGGAGAUCCAGCCAAAAGAAUGCGCGGAGCUUGGGGUGGAAUUGGUUUUCUCGGAGUCAUCGGCUGCGCCAUCUCUUUCGGAUUAAACUUAUUGGAAUACAUCUAA